AUGCCCCAAAGAAAAGGCUUGGAGAAUCACACUGUUGGAUCUGGAUUCGUUCUUCUGGGAUUUUCUGGCCACUCCAGCCUGCAGGGCUUGCCAGUGUUCCUGGUCAUCUACCUUGUGGUCCUCGCAGGGAACAGCUUGAUUGCACUCAUCACAUUGGUGGACUCAAGCCUCCACAGCCCCACGUCCCUCCUGGAGAUCUGCUACACAUCAGUCACUCUGCCAAAAACGCUGGUGGGUUUCCUGACAGAAGAUGGCAGGAUCUCCUUCCUUGGCUGUGCUGCCCAGCUGUAUUUCCUGGUUUUGCUGGGCAGCAUCAAAAGCCUUCUCCUGGCUGCCAUGGCCUGCGACCGCUACAUAGCCAUAUGUGACCCCCUGCACUAGAGCAGGGGUCUCUGUGUCAGGCUGGUGCUGGGGUUGUGGGCGGCUGUCGUACCUGUGCAAGUAGGACAGGCCUACCAGGUGUUCACUUUGCCCUUUUGUGCAUCCCAUGACAUUCAUCACUUUUUCUGUGAUGUCCCCCCUCUGCUGGAACUGGCCUGUGCAGACACUUUCUGGAACAAAGUGAUGCUGUCCACAAUCAUCCUGGUAUUUGCAAUCCUUCCCUUCUCCUUAAUAGUUAUUUCUUACAUUAAAAUUAUCAUGGAAAUUCUGAAAAUACCUUCAGCUCUGGGAAGACACAAAGCCUUUUCCACCUGCUCUGCACACCUGGGGGUGGUGAUGCUUUUCUAUGGCUCGGCCACAGUGGUCUACUUGAAGCGACACUCAAGGGAGUCUGUAGACACCGACAAAUACCUUGCCCUGUUUUACACAGUUCUGACCCCCAUGUUUAACCCUGUCAUCUAUAGCCUGAGGAAUAAGGAGGUGAGAAUUGCCCUGAAGAGACUCCUAUGGACAAAGUGA